AUGCGAUACUGUACUUUACUGUCUGCAGCAGCAGUUUUAUUAGGACUGUUUAAUGACAGUCAAUACAUUGUGUGUGCUGAAACUGAUGUAACAGACCAAACUUCUACUAAAACUGAUGUAACAGUCCAAACUUCUACUGAAACUGAUACACUUUCAAACGAUUUUGACAUUGAAUCCAAUUCAUUCCAACAACAAGAUGCAGGACCUCCAGAUAACUCUCCAUAUUCUAUGGGCGUAACUCAGUCAUGGUAUUUGCCAAUGAAGGCAUCAUUGGACACUGAGUUUCUAGGAUUCGAAAAUUCAGAUUUGGUUGUUCUUUCGAGCCAUAAUUCAUUUGCUCAUCUGAACAAGACCAGUUCUGGAUUCCAGCAGAAUAUUACUUUGAAUGCUGGAGAAACGUUUCGAUGUCUUGCACUGGAUCUUUCAACUCUCGUUACGCUCUCUGGAGAUCUUGGCGAAUAUGUCGGUGUUUGGGAUGCAAAGACAGGUGCGGCUUAUGCUCGCACAGAAAUUACUGAUCUUGAUGAGCUUGUAGAUGCCAAGGAAUCGUAUGAUGUUGCAUUUCUUGUAGAUAAUGAAGUUCAAGUGGUUUCGUUUGCUACGCUUUGUGGAGGACGACAAAUCACCUAUCUUACAAGCAUAGGUACUAUUGUAUGGUCAUUUAAACCUGAAGAUUCGGCAGUUCGAUUUCAGCGUCUUGUAACUGGCAAAGACUCAUUCCUUGUUGUUGGUACUCGAGAUGAUUCCUCAAUCAUUCUCAUCAAUCUUGAACUUGUUACUGGCGAAAAGUUAUCUGAAAAAACGAUCGACAUCAAAUCUCCGCUUGCAAACCCCAGCGACAGGUCCAAGUUUGCAAUCAUGGGCGAUCCAGAAUUCAGAUGGAUUGUGUGGAUUGAUCAAGAUGAUCGCGUUCAGCUCUAUUCUGUAGUCGAUGAGAUUCAGUUGGGCAUUCCCGAGAGUGUAUACGAAUACACUAACGGCAAGCCUAUUUUGGGAUUGGUUGAACUUGGCUCUUAUUCAACGUAUAUGUUUGAUAUAGUAGUCCAGUUUUCUGAGGGUAUAGAUAUUAUUGUAGGAAUUGAAUACGAUACAGAAAUUCCCACAAGCAGUGUGGUGUAUUUUCCCCAAACCUCGUCUCGUCCAAUUAUUUUCAAGCAGCGGUAUGAAGAAAAUCACUACGUUAUGUCAAGACUGCACGUUGACAUUUACAACCAAAUGCUACUCGAGUUUAACUAUAUUGAUAGUGGAAAUACUGCUGAAUCCAAAGUUUUGUUUCCAGCAUUCAAGGGGACAAUUGUCAAGGGGUACAUGUUUUACGACUUUAAUGAGAAAAAUGAGAUUUUAUGGAACGUGGUUGGAUUAGAUCAUAAUGGCAUGUACGUGUCUUAUGACAACACACAAGUGUUCAAGACAACGUAUUCUGACUCUGAUACUGAGCUGGAUACAGAUUCGACAGUAGAACAAGGGAGUUCUUUGGAGGAUAAGAAGUUGGAUCAGAUAUUUAAGAAACUUGAAGCCAUCAAGGAAAAGCAGGGGAACGUCCCAAUGGAUAUUUUGAUUGAAGAAUUUUCUAAAUUAUCGACUGAUGAUAAGGAUAAAGAUUCCAAAUCUAGUACUUUUCAAUCUGAAAGUAUUGCAGAUAAAUCUGGUGUGGAUUCAACAGACACAGAUGAACAAUCCAAACCAGAUGAUCCGGAAAUUGAUCAUUCCGAGCUAUAA